CACGUCAGGAUACAGUGACAGUGACAGUCGCAGCGACAGCGUGUGUUCUGUACAACGGGAUCUGCCGAUCAUUUCUGCUGCGACAUCAUCCUCCAACACCAACACCACCACCACCACCAAGCGGACGGGACCGGGACGCUGGCAGACAUGUCGGUGACAGUGAAGGCUUACCUGCUGGGCAAGGACGAGAAUCAGAAGGAGAUCCGCCGCUUCACGCUGCCGGAGGCCCCGGGCUGGGACCGCCUGGCCGGGAAGGUGGCCGAAGUCUUCCCAGGCCUGAGAGCCGGCUGCUUCCAGAUGCUGUACCGGGAUGAGGAGGGAGAUCUGGUUGCCUUUUCUACUGACGAAGAACUGAGAAUGGGCCUUGAUAUGAUGAAUGAAGGAGUUUUCCGUCUCUACGUUAAAGAGAGGAGAGAACUAAAGCGUGAUCACCGCUCACACUGUGGGCAAGAAAAUGCGCAGAAUGUGGUGCAUCCCAACGUGACCUGUGACGGCUGCGACUCUCCUGUGGUCGGGAACAGGUACAAGUGCCUGACCUGCCCGGACUAUGACCUGUGCAGCGCCUGCGAGGGAAAAGGCAUUCACCAGGAGCACAACAUGAUCAUGUUCCCAACUCCUAUCCCGUAUCCUCGUGGUUGCUGGUUCCGCAAGAAGCACCAUGGCAUGCCACCUUUUCCGUGGAUGCAUGAUUGGGGUUACCAUGGCAGAGGACACCACUGGCAGAACUCUCAGCAGGCACCUGGAUGUGCUGCCACACAGAAUCCACCUGCACCAGAGAACAGUGCUCCUGGCACUUCCUCGCAGCCCUGCCAAAAUCCUAACGUUUCCUUCUUGCAGAAUAUUGGGGAGAGUGUGGCGGCCAUGCUGAGCCCUCUGGGGAUUGAUGUGGACAUCGAUGUGGAGCACGGUGGGAAGCGCAGCAAGGUCGCAGGCCAGCAAUCCCAAGAUUCCCAACCAAACAGCACAUCCUCACCCCCAAACCCCCAGAGCAAGGAGAAUGGAUCUGAAAACAACAACUCUGAGUGCAUGGACACAGACCACAUUGAUAAACAGAUGAAAAAUGUAUCUUUACAUUCACCUGCACAAUGUGACAACCAGGAACAAGGCGAACGCAGCAGCAGCUCUACAGGGGGUGACGAUGAUUGGACUCAUGUUUUCCCCAAAGAAGUCGACCCGUCCUCUGGUGAGCUGCAGUCACUUCUUGGUGACCAGACAGAUGAGCCGUGUGCUCUGGACCCAGACAGACCUACACAUGCAUCCACGGGUCUAAGGGAAGCUGCUCUCUACCCACAUCUUCCUGCAGAAGCGCAUCCCCAGCUCAUCGAAUCUCUGUCACAGAUGCUGUCCAUGGGGUUCACAGAUGAAGGCGGCUGGCUCACACGUCUUCUGCAAGCAAAACAAUUUGAUAUCGGGGCUGCACUGGACACCAUGCAGUCUGUGCGGCAUCUUCCUCACCCAUAACUUCAACAUGCCUUCUGUUUUAUGGCCUUUUUUUCUAACUCUGCGUCUUAUAUUCCUCUUACCUUACUAGUAUGAUUAAUGGCUGAUUAUACGCUGUGGGAAGUCUUGUCUGUUAGAGCCGGUAUUCCUAAAAUGAGCUGCAGGGCAACUUCUGUAAGGCCCAAUAAAGCCCAUCACCAAUGUGACAUUGUCCCAAACCAAUAACACUGUGCUGUGUCACUUCCCACCUAGGCUGUCUGUGUCACUACAUGUCCCAGCAUGCUCUGCAGCAGUUACACCCAGGGGCGGCUUACCAUCUAUCUAUACUAUAUAGGCAAGAAUAUAUAUAAUGCCACAAUAUGACAAACUUCAUAAAACAUUGCUUGGGGUUGACUGAAUCAGUACAAAGUUGGAGAGAUAUAGAUUAUAAAUAUAUAAUUAUUGCCUUAUGCUAGAACAUUAUAUGUAUUGACUUUUUUUUUACAGAAUUUUUUUUUUUUAAAUGUUUUAAUCUAAAAUAGCAGUUUAGAAGCCGGAAUAUUCAAUAUAUUCUAUUAAUUUGUCUGCAUAUUUGAGUAUCUCAACUUCCACUCUAUGAGCUCUCUAUAUAGGUUGUCACAUAUAGAACAGACCUAUUUCCACAGUGCUAAUCUCUUUGGGUCCUGUCUAUGAAUCCUGUGAUUAUUCUGUAAUACUCUGAAUGUGUCACAACUUGCAAUUAAACGUUUCUGAGCAUCA